GUCCGGCUCAGUUGUAAAAACCUAACAGUCGAUUAACGGAUCGGCAAAAAUGGCAGCACUCGGCGUCGGCGGAAGGUCUACGCUUCUGGGUCCGAUUAUCAGGGCAGCAACGGGACGAAGUUUGAUCAGACCCAGAGCCAGAUUCUCCGUCCCAAACCCUAAUUCGGCAUUUGCUCGGCCGAUCACUUCUUCUGUAAUCGAAGCCUCUGCUUCCAGGUUUUUGCGGCGAGAAAUGAGCACCCAUCAUCCAUUUCACAGCGCCAUUGCAGCUGCUUGCCUCGUUUCGAAGCUCCCCUCUGAUGUUACCGCUUCCUAUGAAGAGAAAGAAAGAAGAUGUUAAGGAGAAGGAUCAAGGAUCUUUCGUUCUGAUUAACGCUUGUCCAUUGGCGGCAGGUAGAUUUGCAAACUAUCUCAGCCCCAUCUAGAAGCAACAGCUUUCCAAGAUUAAUGGCUCCUUUUUGCCACCUCUGGAUUGGAUUUCGGUGGUUUCAAGAGAUGGAAAUUCAGGCUCAAAACGUGUUUGGAAUACCCAUUUAUCAGGAAAAAGAAACAAAGAGAGGUGUUGUUAUUUUGGUUUAUGGAUUAGGCAAAGAUGAUUCUUGCGUGUGGAUUGGAGAUUUUCAUGAAUAAUCUGCCCGUCCCCAGAAAAAAUGUUGCAGUUUUUAAGGUAAAAUAAGGUUUCUGUAUGGUCUGAGCCAUAUAGCUUACGAAAUGACGCCUUUGAUUACGGGCAUGGGCGCCCGGGUCAGCUUUUUGUUAAUGGGAUGACCCGGUUACCAAAAUCCGACCCGGGUCAAGGUUUGAUCCAUGUUAAAGAUGAAUUUAUAUGUUUAAUAAAUAAUAUCAUUUGUAAGCUAAUGUUUUUCCACC